AGAAGUAGCUUACUUCCCGUCUUGCGUUAGAAGGUCAGGUGAUCAUUUACUAGAGUGCCGAGCAGCUCCCUGUCACAUUAACCGGUUAGCACGCGGCGUAUUACAUCGACGCUGUAGCACUGAGAAACCCGCACCCCCAAAGAUGGCUGAUGCAAACCAACAAAACCCUCCGCCCCAACUCGGGCCUGUGCAAUUUCUAAUGAGCAACAAGCUGGAAACUGCAAUGUGGCUGUCACGACUUUUCACCGUCUACUGCUCUGUAAUGUUCAUUCUACCAGUUUUGGGACCCUAUGCAGCAGCUAACUUCUAUCAGAGAGCCUUGUUAGCGAAUGCCCUCACCAGUGCUCUUCGCUUACACCAGAGGCUCCCACACUUUCAGCUGAGCAGAGCUUUUCUGGCCCAGGCUCUGCAGGAGGACAGCUGCCAUUACCUGCUGUACUCACUCAUCCUGGUCAACUCCUACCCCAUCACAAUGAGCAUCUUUCCAGUUUUUCUCUUUUCCUUGCUUCACGCAACUACAUACACAAAAAAAGUACUUGAUACCAUGGGCCCAAACAGCAUGAUGUUCAUUCGGGGCCUGUUGGACAAACUGACAUCCAAUCAGCAGAACAUCCUGAAGUUUAUCGCCUGCAAUGAGAUCUUCUUGAUGCCAGCCACGGUUUUCAUGCUCUUCAGCGGCCAGGGGAGCCUAUUGCUGCCUUUUAUUUACUACCGAUUCCUCACUCUUCGCUACACCUCCAGAAGAAAUCCAUACUGCCGCACCUUGUUCACCGAGCUGCGAAUUCUUCUGGAGCAUUUCAUCAUGAAGCCUGCCUGCCCCGCCUUCUUCAGGAGGAUGUGCCUCAGCAGUAUCGCCUUUAUCAGCCGCCUCGCCCCCACGGGAGUCUGAUUACACUACGUUUUGUUUUCGUCAUGUUAUGUUUUUCAGUAAGAUGUGACUUUGAUGGGGGAACACUUUGCCAUCAAUGGAAGGAGCUGUUUUUUGAAUGUCAACUUUAGUCUGUGCUCCAACUUUUCUGUAUAUCUGAGUACAGUUGAAGACCAGCCGGUAAUGCACUGAAGUCUCAUGGUUUUCCCAUCCUCUUAAUGUGACUUAAUUGAAGCGGUGGACACCCUGUCGCUGUUACCUUCACUGAAUGGAGCACAAUAGAUUGGCAUCAGCUGUGUUCCCUGUUUAUCAGCUGUUCUUUCCUUUUACGUCUUAUUUAUUCAUUAAAAUGGCUUAUUCUACUAUGAAACAUUAAUAUUCUUAGAUUAGUAAAUUAAUGAACACGUGUUUAUACACAAUUGAUUAUGGUCAUUUCUUUAAUCAUUGUACUUUUUCAGUUUUCACCUUUUGUCUGAUUUGUAAAUGGAACAAUGCUCUGAUUUGUCUAAAAGCCUAAUUAUUAAAUAUAUUCUAUCAAUGCCAUCAACUCACCUUUCAGCAACAUGCAAAAUCCGAUGUAGCUAUGAUGUCAAAAUGGGUGUUAAACUGAGAACUUACUCUGCUGUAUUUUAUACAAGAUUUUAAGGUACCGGAUGUUCUGCUGUAUGAUUCACAAAUGAAAUAAUUUUCACAAAGCAUGCCAUGCUUGUGAGUGCACCCUGACCUCAUUUCUCAGUUUAAAAGCUGUUUUGAUUUUGAGUUGUUCAUUUCAUAGUAGGCUGUAGGUUUCUUGCUUAAUGCAUGUCCUGCUAUGUUUUUCCUGCCCUGUUAAUUGUGUUUAUUUGCCUAUAAAGACAAACUACAUUUUUUUAUAAUGAAAAUAAAGUUAUC